CAACAAGUCAGAUGUCGUGUCUGAGACUAACUGCAUUUAAGCAAUAUUCUCUGCUGAGAAAAACGACGUGAGAGCUCUCCGAGUUUCACUUCUGCCGCUUCCCCCACGCGGCCCCCUGCGAAGGAGAGACAGUCCAAAGUUUGCGCCCCCGGUGGGCGGGGCUCCAGGGCGGCGGGGACUGCCAUUGGUGGCUUUGAAGGCGCAGCGGGCGGGAACAGCUGUAAGAAGUGAGGCGGCUGGCGGUGUGAACGUGCCAAAGAAAUGGAUGAAAUUGUUGCCGAGUUUAUCAAGAGGACCAUCUUGAAAAUCCCAAUGGCUGAAAUGAUGACAAUCCUGAAAGCCUGGGAUUUUUUGUCUGAAAGUCAACUGCAGACCAUAAACUUCCGGAAGAGAAAGGAAUCUCUUGUUCAUGACUUGGUUAUGCUUUGUGAGGAGAAGCCUGCGAAUGUCAAUGAUGCUGCCCUUUUAGACAUUAUUUAUACUCAAUUUCAUCGGCACCAGAAAGUUUGGGAUGUUUUUCAGAUGACUAAAGAACCAGGUGAAGAUAUUGACCUUUUUGAUAUGAAACAAUUCAAAAGUUCAUUUAAGAAAAUUCUUCAGAGAGCAUUAAAAAAUGUAUCAGUCACCUUCAGGGACGCUGAAGAGAAUGCAGUAUGGAUUCGAAUUGCCUGGGGAACACAAUGUAAAAAGCCAAACCAGUACAAACCUACUUACGUGGUGUACUAUUCCCAGACUCCGUAUGCCUUCAUUUCUUCUUCCAGGCUGAGGAGCAGCAUUCCCCUUUUGGGUCAGGCACUGACAGUUGCUAGCAAACACCAUAGGAUUGUGAAAAUGGACUUCAGAAGCCGAUAUCUGGACUCUCUUAAGGCUAUUGUUUUUAAACAGUAUAAUCAGACUUUUGAAACUCACAACGCCACUACACCUCUACAAGAAAGAAACCUUGGGCUAGAUAUAAACAUGGAUUCAAGGAUCAUUCAUGAAAACAUAAUAGAAAAAGACAGAGUACAAAGAGUGACUCAAGACAUUUUCGGAGACUAUCCUCAACCAAGACUAGAAUUUGCACAGUAUAAGCUUGAAACAAAAUUCAAAAGUGACGUAAAUAGGGGCAUCUUGGCUGAAAGAAAAGAACCUCUCCGGUGCCUAGUAAAGUUCUCUAGCCCGAAUCUUCUGGAAGCAUUGAAAUCCUUAGCACCAGCAGGUAUUGCAGAUGCACCACUUUCUCCAUUGCUCACUUGCAUACCCCAAAAAAGAAUGAAUUAUUUUAAAAUUAAAGAUAAAUAAGACAUAUAUGGUUUGUAAGCAUCACAUCUCCCUGACUAUAUUGCAUACAUGUUUCACUUCAUGGCUAGCUAUUUUAAACAUGAACCCUUAAUAUUGACAAUUUUAAAAUGUUCAAUAUAAUUGUUGGGAAUGAUUAUUUCCUCUUCCACUGUGUGCUCCCUCUUCCUCAUAUCCUGCAAAGCAUAGCAGUUGUGGGUCUUUAAGUGACAGGAUGUCCUUUUUCUCACACCUGUCUCUCCUCUAUCCUAGAGAGGUCUGGUUCCAAUUGCUAGUUUUUAGGAAUUUUCUCUUAAGCUUUGGAUCACAUAAAGAAAUACCAAGAAACUAUACCCAAUUCAAAACUUUCUAGGAGAAUCAUAAACUUCGUACAUUCAGAGGGUAGACUUGGGUCCAUUAAGUUAUUAUUGCAGGAGGUAGUGUAUCAGAUGAUUUAGUUUUAUAAAAUAAUGGUUUCAUUGUAAAUAUACUUUUCAUAAUCUAUUUUAUCAUACAUAUGACAUUCAAACUGACCAAUUUUAUACUGAUUUGUGAAUAAAGAUAUUUAAAAAC